CCUGCUCCGGCUCCGGGCUAGGAGACCCCAGACCCCAGACCCCACUCGGGGCGGGAAGGACUCCAGUACGCCCUAGGAAGGGGCCCCGGGCGAGGGAGGAGUCAGGGAGGAUAUGGGCGUCCCGCCGAGCUCACGGUGCUGCCCGCCGGGACCGACGCCGGGAGCUCCGGCCGGGCCGAGGCAGGCGGGUCGCGGUGCCUCCGGAUCCCGAGUGAGCCUGGUUUCCAGGCAGGGGCUUCACCUCCCGUGGAAGGAGAGGGGGUCCAGAGACACCCCCACCCCGGGGCCCUAAGGAUCAGCGGGACAGCAUAGUCGGAUGGAGGAGGGCAUUGUGAUACUGACAUUGACAACGGAGGCGAGGAUGGAACUAGGUCUGGACCAAGCCCUGAGAAAGCCAGGCCCUCCUUCUUUCCCAGUCUGAGACAGCAUUGCUGAGGACAAAAGAUACCUAAACUGAAAUAAUUUAGGAAGAAACUUAUUAAGUUGUCCAGCAGAGGAGAAAAGCUGCGAAAGAGGUGAAAUCCCCAGUGUCUAUUUGGGGGAUGUCCUCCUUUACAAGACCCCAAAGCCUGUAACUCCAGCCUCCCCUCUGACCAUCUAAAGGCACAGAAUGUCUGUGAGAUGCCUGAGAUGGGGUCUUUGGCUGCUCUGCUUCCUGAUGGUCACCAUGCUCUGGUACCUCAGCCUCCCCUCCUAUACUGUGAUUGAGAACUUCAACUGGAUGUAUUUCUAUGAGUAUGACUCCACUAACCAUUCAGAAUUUGCAUUUACACUCCGGGAGCGGGUGACGUGCUCAGAGAAGGACCCUUUCCUUGUCAUCUUGGUGACCUCAAGCCCUGCAGAUGUGAAAGCCAGACAGGCCAUUCGGGUUACUUGGGGCGCAAACAAGUCUUGGUGGGGACAAGAAGUCCGAACAUAUUUUUUGUUAGGCCACCAAGUGGAGCCAGAAGAUAACAUGUUGACCUUAUCCGUACAAGAUGAAAGCAUUCUUUAUGGUGACAUAAUCCGCCAAGACUUUAUAGACACGUACUAUAACCUGACCUUGAAGACAAUCAUGGCUUUCAGGUGGGCUACGGAGUUUUGCCCGACAGCCAAAUAUGUAAUGAAGGCAGAUUCGGAUGUUUUUAUCAACACUGGAAACUUAGUGAAAUAUCUUUUGACAUCCAACCAGUCUGAAAACUUUUUCAUGGGCUACCCUUUCAUGGAGAAUUUUUCCAACAGAGAAUUUUUCCAAAAAACAUAUAUUUCCUAUGAAGAGUAUCCUUUUAGGAUGUUUCCUCCAUACUGCAGUGGCUUGGGUUACGUGCUCUCUGGAGACUUGGUUGUCCGAGUUUAUGAAAUGAUGGCACACGUCAAGCCCAUCAGAUUCGAAGAUGUUUAUGUUGGGAUCACCUUGAGCAUCUUAAAAGUGGACAUCCAUCUUCCCAAGUCUGAUGACCUCUUUUUUUUGUACCGGAUUAGGUUUAAUACCUGCAAAUUCAAGCGCUUGAUUGCAGCCCAUGGCUAUUCUCCCAAGGAACUUAUCCAGUAUUGGCAGCUCAUGCAAAAGGAAAGCAGCUGUUGAUUAUAUGCUCUGGCCAGAUCAAGGACUUUGCAGAAGCCCAAGAGGCUGGACUGUGAACAUGCCAAUGGAGAGUCCUUUUAAAGGCAGUGCCUGUCCUGGGGUCCACUUCACUUGCAUUCAACUGUGUCGCAGUAUUUUGCUUUCCCGGUCAGCAGUAUAAGAGAGCUCUGUUGUGUUACUCUUAAAGAAAAGAGAUGAGUACUUCAAAAAAAAAAUCUCCGUAAAAGGAAUGUGGGGGCAGCUAGGUGGUGCAGUGGAUAGAGCACCGGCCCUGGAGUCAGGAGGACCUGAGUUCAAAUCCGGCCUCAGACACUUAACACUUACUAGCUGUGUGACCCUGGGCAAGUCAACCCCAAUUGCCUCAACAAAAAAACAAAUAAAGAAUGUUAAAGGAAAGUGGUAGAUUUUGCAAAUAAUACAAAAAAGGCCUAACGAUGUGAAUGUCCUUGGAAAAUUUUACUAGUAGGGACUUAAUAGGACUCAGUUUUAUUUAUGGUAGACUCAUUUAUUUAAGCCUACUGGUAAAAAUGGGGUUUUCCAGAAAAAAAUACUUGAUCAUGAAGGUUAGAGUGUCACCACAGAUGUGAUGUAUGGAUUAACCAUUUUCAAAGAGUUGUAAUGCACUUAACACUAAUAUUGUACUGACUAGAAUUUAAUUAUUUUUUCUUCAUAUGGCCCCUGUAAUAGACCAAGCUGAUUUCCCAAAGACUAGCUUAUUAUGCGGGAGCACAUCACCUGUAGGCUGGCCACUUAGUGAUGAUAUUUGUUUUGGCAAAACAUAGGAAGGGGCAGGCAUAGAUGAAUUGGGAUCUCUGUCAUUGGAGAGAAUUAUGGUUGGGGUUUGAUUUGAGUAGUUUAUAGAUUUCUAUACAACCCUCUAAUUUAUGAGAAUACAGAUGUCCAGGGAGAUUUAAAUGACUUAGUACAUGCCAGAAGACAUUUGAACUUUUAGUGCACAUUGGGUCAUUAUUAGGGUUAUCUGUUAUUAUAGUGAUAGCACAAACAUGUAGUUUCACUCCUUCAGGUUUUUACAUUUAAAUUCUGGCUAGAUUCAGGGCCCCUUUAGGGUUAGAAUGCUUCCCAACCAACUCUUCAUGGUGCACACUUUAGUGGCAGGAGCUGGAUGACUGUAGAAUGUGAACUCCUUGAGGGCAGGCAUGGUUUCAUUUUUGCCCUUGCCUCCUCAGAGUCUAGCACAGUACCUGGCCGAUGGUCAGUGCUCAGUAAAUGCUAAUCCAUUGGAUGUUAGAACAUAUUGAAGGCCAGGCAGAUUUGGAUUUCAGAAAACAUUUGUUCACGUGGAGAGAUGUUGAUGUGCAAAGACCAGAAUUAUAUGUCUUAUUUCCAGAAACAGUUUGUGUGUGUGGUGUGUGUGUAAUUUUAUUUUAAAAGGAGUAAUGUUUUAUUACUUUCGUGUACAAACAACAACUAAAAAGGGCUAGAAAAGUUUUUGCAAAUAGAUAAAUGACUUGCUUUAGUAAGAAGACAUACAUUAAUAGGUCGAUGAACUAAUGAUAAAUGGAUACAUAACCAAAAGCAUCUCAUCCCUAGUGGCAGAGCUGGAGAACUGCUAGACAAAAUGUUGCGUAUGCUGUCAGAUGCAGUCUCUGCAGUGGUUAUUUUGGCUGGAUUAUUUUGCUUCCUGGCACAUAAUAGGAGCUUAAAAAAAUGCUUGUGUCCUUCCUUCUUGACAAGGGAGGUUGAAUCCAUGGGGUGGAGAUGGGUUUGAAAUGACUGAUAAAAAAUGUUAAAAGGUGCUACUUUCUCCUUCUUAAAGAAUGUCUAGGGGCUAAGAAGCCCCAGAUAGGAAACUAAAAGAUAUAUUAAGGCAAGAACCUUACAAGAGAAAAUAGGAUAUAAAAAAGUUAACUACUAGCUGAUUAGGAAGGUGGUGUUGGAAACUGGGAUUUAGGCUUUCUCAAACCACAGCAAAAAUACAGGAAUAUCUGGUUCUUUGGCCAGAAGAGGACAUCCUUUUGGUUUUUUAUUGUUUAUAUUGUUUGAUUAUGCUCGUUGUUUUCAUUAUUCUUAAAGUAUUUCUUGCAUCACUGAUAAGAAUCUAAAUUGGUUGUCCUGAAUACUUAUCUUGGGGAGGAGGAAGAAGGAGAAAGGAGAGAUCUAAUCACUUUGCUAUGGUGGUACUUUGAAAUAUUUUCAUCAAUAUUCAUUAGUGAAGUUGGUCUAGAAUUCUAUUUCUUUGCUUUGUCUAGCCCAAGUUAGGGUACUAGUCUUCUAUAGCUUCCUAAAAGGAGUUUGGCAGACUGUUUUCUCUAUAUUGGAGAAUUAUUUUUGUAGUGUAUUUAAAAUGUUUUGAUAGUUCACCUCCCUCCCUUCUUCCUCCCUCCCUCCCUCCCUUCACUAAACUACCCCACAAUAUUUCAGCCAAGUGUCACCUGCCCCUACCUGGGAUGGCAGAGAGCUCUGAGGUGAGCUGAAGGCAGAGUGAGCACAGGGGUGCUGGGGCUCCUCUCUCAGAUUCUGAUGUAUUAGAGCACAGUAAGUCAGGGGCUGAAUCCCCCAUUAAAGUAACCGGCUGAGAACACUCAUACUCAUUCCUUAUGUUUGUAUUCUGUUCCAUUUAUUAAGCACCCACUGUGUUCUAGGCACUGCUAGGUAAUAAGGAUACAAAGACAUAUUUUAACACCUGUGAAUGAGAGAGAGACCUUGCCUGUAACCAGCGGGUGGGAACAGCACACCUGUAGUAAU